ACCCAAUCUUUCUUCCAUGACACAAAAACCUAGUAGUUGAUCAAAAAAAUAAAAAAGAAGUUGAGAUGGCCCUCUUAUUCCCAAUGAAUUUAGCAAAAUUUGCUUCUUUUGUAAUCACAUUAUUGGUUAUUGUGGUAGCUGGAGAAUGUAUUUGUGUUAUUUGUAGAAUGUCACCAUGUCCUAAAGCAAAUCCACCCUUGCCCGUUGAAACUGUUUUCCAGUGACCCGCUCCAUUACCAAUUUGGCCAUCUGGAACAUGAUUUGCAACUAGGUUUCUAAGUCUGGGAGAAUUAAUAGUGUCAGAAGCAACAGAUUUUGACGUGGUUUGGAGGACUCGCUCGGGUGGUCCAGAUAACCUUGGAGCAACAUUCUUUGAACCCUCAACAACUGAUGAUACAGCACAAGGAUACAAGGUGCUAGGUUACUAUAGUCAACCCAACAACAAGCCCUUCACUGGACGAUCUGUACUAGCCUUUGAUAGGUAUUUACGUGGAAAUAUGAAGGGUCCGGUGGAUUACAAUUAUGUGUGGAGCAACAUGUAUUCAUCAGAUAUUGAUCAAGAUGGGUUUGGCUAUAUCUAGUGGCCAAAAUGCCCAGAUGGUUACAAAGCCUUAGGGCUUGUUGUCACAAACGCAACUCAGAAGCCAUCCCUAGAUAAAAUAAGUUGUGUUAAAGCUGAGCUCACUGAUCAAUGUGAGCAUUUCAACUAGAUUUGGGGUGCUGAAGGUAUCAAUGUUUAUACUACAAGGCCCCAACACUAAAGGGACCCAAGCUAUGGGAGUUCAUUUGGGUUCAUUUGUAGCCCAAGUUGGUGGGGUUAUGUUUGAUAUAGCUUGCUUGAAGAAUACCAAUUCUGAUUUAUCUUCUAUGCCUACUCUAGAACAAAUUGAGCUAAUAAUUAAAGCCUACUCUCCAUGGGUGUACUUUCAUCCUGAUGAAAAAUACCUGCCUGCUUCAGUGGAAUGGUUUUUUGAGAAUGGGGGACUAUUAUAUAAUAGAGGGGACGAGGGAAAUCCUGUUCCAAUUUCUCCCAACGGCUCAAACCUUCCUCAAGGUGGUUCAGAUGAUGGUGCCUAUUGGUUGAACGAACCAGAUGACUUUGAUGCCAGAGACAGGGUUGAGAGAGGAGAUUUAGCAGUAGCUCGGGUUUAUAUGCAUGUAAAGCCCAUGUUUGGUGCUACAUUCACUGGCAUAGCUAUUUGGAUCUAUUAUCCAUUUAAUGGCCCUGCCAAGAUAAGUUUUGGACUUCUCAAUUAUCAACUUCCGCACAUAGGUGAACAUAUUGGUGAUUGGGAGCAUGUGACCUUGAGAGUCAACAAUUUCAAUGGAGAGCUACAAAGUAUCUAUUUUUCUCAACAUAAAGGUGGUACAAGGUUGGAUGCUACUGAUCUUGAGUUUCAAGAAGGUAACAAGGCUGCUGUGUAUGCAUCAUUGCAUGGACAUGCAUUUUAUUCAAAGCCUGGACUUGUUUUGGACGGGCGUGAUGGAAUUGGACUGAGGAAUGAUUGUGAAAAGGCUGAUUUGUACUUGGAUACUGGAGCAAGUUAUACAUUGGUGGCAGCUGAGUAUUUGGGCUCAGCAGUUGUUGAGCCACCUUGGCUAAACUAUAGUAGAAAAUGGGGUCCAACAGUUAAUCAUAUUCUUAAGGAUGAGAUUGAUGAGAUUUUGAAAUCAGUCUAG